AUGAGCUUACAAUACAAGAAGUUAAACUAUACAAUCCAGUUAAUUGAGCAGCAGACAACCAGCAACAAGAUCCAAUCACUGACCAAGAUAGAACUAACGAAAUGGUUGAAAUUAAAGGUGAAGAUAAAAUUAGAAGUGACGAUGAAAUCAUUGAAGUCUCAUCGACCAACCCAAGAAAGAGACAGAGUAGGUACUUCUGAAAAUCAAACUGUUGUUAAUAGUCAUGGUCUAAAUGAUGGCUCAGCAUUUCGUACCAACAAUACCGAUGACACAAUUGAUGAUAACAUAAUUGUUGGCAGUUGUGUAAACUCUGGGGGAAUUGUGAAUAUUCCAAAAUUCAAGUUUACAUAUAACCAACACAUUGAUCCAAAUUCUUUGAGAAUGAUCAGAGCACCUAAAAAGAAUGCAAGCAAGUAUCCACUAGUUUUUGCUGAGAAACAUGAUAAUAGGAAGAUCCGUUACUGCCAAGUUUCUAAUGGUAAUACGAUUUGUAAUAAAGAUAUAAAAUUUAUGGAUGACAGGCAACUGAGUAAGCGAGGCGCUGAAUACUGUGAAAAACAUAUUAAAAAUGAACAUCCAUUAGCUUAUAAUUUACCAAACAUUAUGGAUUGUUUGAAUCGUGAGCAUUCUCCAGUUAGAAGACUAUUCCAAGAGCAAAAAAAAUCUCAGAAUAUUUUAAAUAUGAUGAACAAAGUAUACAGAAAUUCUUCCGAUACUCUUUCACCAUUCGAGGAGUUUGCAUUAGUUUUUGCCCAACAUGGUUUUCCUCUUUCAAUGUGGGAAAGUAAGGAUAUCAGAUUAAUAUUUAAGAAACAUGUCAAAGGGUUUUCAAUUGAAAAUAAUAGAAAACAAGCAUCAGAAAUUGUUAAAAAAGCCUCGGAUAAAAUAGUAGAAUAUUUUCAACUACAAUUAGAAAAAUAUGAUUCUUUUAGACAUAAUGUCGUUAUUGAAUACCCGCUUAAACAUGUUAGUUUAGAAUCUGAAAUCCAUUCUAGGAUUAGUAAACUGAGCAUUGUUGUACCUCCAUAUGUAAGCAUGGAAUUGGACGAUUGGAAGGCAGAUACAGGUAUAUCAUAUUCCUCAGUAAUUUUUAGUUUGACUAUGGGCUCCUACAAGAAGGGUACUUUUCAGGCUAAAUAUACAAAGUCUGAAUCUAAAACAAAACCAUAUCAUAGACAGUUACUAGUUUCAGUGUGCGAUGAGUACAAAGCAAAUGAUCUGUGGACAAAUACUUGCACAGAUAACGCAUCUGAUAUUUUGCAAUGCAGUUCUGAACUAGUUGGAAAUCCAAAAUAUCCUGUCUAUGCGGGUCAUGUCGAAUGCUUAUACCACAUUUUAGGCCUUAUUUGCGAAGAAGUUAUAAAAUGCAUAUGUUUACAAGAUUCCUCCUCUGAAGAUAGCUUAGAUGCUUAUUUGACUGAAGAUGAAUCAAAUGAUAUUCCCGUAUCCUCAAGGUUAGAUAUACCUCCUUUGGUUUCUGACCCAUUUGCUGGACGAUCCCCUACAGUUCUUGCUAAAUUGAUUAGGUUAGGUACAGAAUUGAAGAAAUCUGAAGUUAAGUUGUCCUUAUAUAAGCAAUUCGUAUCAAAACAGAUACCUUCUUACAGUUCGGAGAGAUGGGAUAUAAAACACAAUAUUUUAAAGACAUUUGUUGAUAACCAGGUGGAUAUCUUUAGAUUUUUCGAGCAUUGUAGAACUACUGAAAACCCUGUAACUAACGAAUUGGAUAUAUACGAUUUUGAAAUAGCCGAAUUGCUAGUGAAUAUACUGAGUCCCCUUGAACAGUUAGUCAGGUUUAUGUCUCAGAAUAUUAGUUUAUCAUCAGUUUAUAUUCGUACACUUCUUUUUGCCAAGUCAACUAUAACGGAUUCUAGUCAAUUACUAAAAGAGAUGGAAAAUGAUAGGAUAGAUUUGUCUCCGGCGGUUAAAUUAGUAGACAAGUAUUUACAACAGGCUAGGGCUAAUUUCGACGUUAUAUACACUUGCACACCAUUAUAUCCUUUCAAACAGGAUGUAUUCAAAUAUUAUGAAGAUGAGUUUAAAGAGAAAUUAAAUCCUAUAUCUCGGUUUGCCAAUAUUCUAAUGCAACUAGGCAAGUUCGAUUUCCAAGAAUCCGAGGGUGUCAAAGUUAAUGAAACACUUAUUGACUCUACAUAUGAUAUUUUCGACGACGAAAUUCCCUCAGGUAAUGAAGAAUUUAAUUCCAAGAAAGGAGUAUCAGAUGCAGUAAGACGUCAUCUUAUUGUUAAAAUAAAAGAUGAAAUGAGGGAAUACAUAGAUUUUUAUCGUCAACAAUACGAUACUCGCCUGGCAGAGAUAUGCAAGAAGAAAAACAUUGAAAGAGAAAAAUCAGAGGGAAAAGAUAGUUAUAAGAGGAUUAUGAAGAUCGAUAGUAACCCUGAAAGAAAAUUGGAUAUUAUAAAAUCUGAAAUUUUUUUGGUUGAACUUGAAGCCUAUUUAGAAAUACAAAAGUUCUACCGAGAAUGUACAAGAAGCAAGAAUACUGAAGUUUCGUCUCACGAAUAUUUGCCAGUAGUAAUGGAUUACCUGUUAUCAUUUGCUGUAACAUCGGUUAAUGCAAAGAAAACUUUUUCUAAGCUGGAAUGGACGUAUGAUGAUCAGCAACAUAUAGUAGAUGAUUCUACUGCUUUCACGAUUGCCAAUUUGAGUAACAUGGCCACUUCAAACCUAAAUCUAAGUGUGCACAAGCCUUUCGAAGAUACACCUUUAGACGAGGUCCUUCGUAAUAAGAAGAAGACAUAG